AUGGUUCAAAUAAGUGAAGUAAAUGAAAACACCAACAAUUCAUCAACUAAUAAAGAAAAUAGAACAGCAACACAUACACAUAUAAAAGGUCUUGGAUUAAACGAACAUGGAAUUGCCAAACCAAUAGAGUCAGGAUUCAUAGGACAACAAGAUGCCAGAGAAGCAUGUGGUAUAAUAGUUGAUUUAAUCAAAUCCAAAAAGAUGUCUGGAAAAGCAGUGUUAAUUGCUGGUCCACCAGCUACUGGUAAAACAGCAUUAGCAUUAGCUGUAUCACAAGAAUUAGGACCUAAAGUACCUUUCUGUCCAAUAGUUGGAUCUGAAUUAUAUAGUGCUGAAGUUAAAAAGACAAGUGCAUUAAUGGAAAAUUUUAGAAAGGCAAUUGGUUUAAGAAUUAAAGAAACUAAAGAAGUUUAUGAAGGUGAAGUGAUUGAAUUAACUCCAGAAGAAGCUGAAAAUCCUCUUGGUGGUUAUGGUAAAACAAUAAGUCAUGUUAUUGUUGGAUUAAAGACUGCUAAAGGUACCAAGAAUUUAAGAUUAGAUCCAAGUAUUUAUGAAUCAUUACAAAAGGAAAGAGUAUCAAUUGGUGAUGUAAUAUAUAUUGAAUCAAACACUGGUGCAGUAAAAAGAGUUGGUAGAUCAGAUGCUUAUGCUACUGAAUUUGAUUUAGAAGCUGAAGAAUAUGUACCAUUACCAAAAGGUGAAGUACAUAAAAAAAAGGAAAUAGUUCAAGAUGUUACAUUACAUGAUUUAGAUGUAGCUAAUUCAAGACCUCAAGGUGGUCAAGAUGUAUUAAGUAUGAUGGGACAAUUAUUAAAACCUAAAAAAACAGAAAUUACAGAUAAAUUAAGAAUGGAAGUUAAUAAAAUUGUAUCUAAAUAUAUUGAUCAAGGUAUUGCUGAAUUAAUUCCUGGUGUAUUAUUUAUUGAUGAAGUAAACAUGUUAGAUUUAGAAAUUUUCACAUAUUUAAAUAAAGCUUUAGAAAAUUCAAUUGCACCAAUAGUUAUAUUAGCAUCAAAUAGAGGAUUAACUACUGUAAAAGGAUCAGAUGAUCCAACUUUUAAAGCACCACAUGGAUGUCCACCAGAUUUAAUUGAUAGAUUAUUAAUAAUUAGAACAUUACCAUAUAAUCAAGAAGAAAUUAAAAUUAUUAUACAAAAGAGAGCACAAUUAGAAAAUUUAAAUCUUAGUGAUGAAGCAUUAAAUAAAUUAGCUGAAAAUGGAUUCAAGACAAGUUUAAGAUAUUCAUUACAAUUAUUAACUCCUGCUGGUAUAUUAAGUCAAACUUCUGGUAGAUCAGAAAUUAAUUUACAAGAUAUUGAAGAAUGUGAAUUAUUAUUUUUAGAUUCAUCUAGAUCUACUAAAAUUUUAAAUGAAACUAAAUCAUUCCUUUAA